CGAGAAAAUUGUGUCUAGUUCUGGUCAUCGCAAGCUCGCACCCCUAGCACUCAACCAGCCCAGGUACCAGCCCAAGCCUGACGUGGUGGAGCUAGAGCCGCCACGUGCAUUAUCUUAUCGUCAAGACCCAUCAUCUGCGCUGACGUUGUCGCAUUCCAUUCCGCUCCCAUUUUCAUUUGCCAAGCUUCAAAACGAUAUGUUCGCAAUGCCCAAACACACAGUUGACCGCACAGGCUCCUUCGAGCUCUCAUGAGGCCUGUCACACUGUAACACCCCGUCUGAGGAGGUCUGCGAGGGGGCCGAGCCACUACUGCUAACCUGCGACCGCCGCACAACCUCGCGGUCUUCGCUGAUGCCUCAAGAUGUCGUCCCUUCCUCAGUUUAAGGAUCUUACAAAGGCUGUUCAGGCGUACGUCCCAACCGGCACCCUCCCGCUCUCCGACGAUCUCGCAGAUAUCAUCGAAGGAUACGUGCGCAAACAUGAGGACAAGUUCGAAGAGUCGAUCGCCGACAAGGUCAACGAGGAACUCCUCUCCAUAUUCCAUAAUGCGGUCGCCAAUAACCCCCCGCGAUAUGCUCCGUUCAUGGCUGUGUUGCGACGUCUGCGCCCGUUGAUCAGUCAGCCGGACAAAGUUCUAAAGUGGACCGAUCUGCUCAUGCCUAUUCUCGACCACUUAACACAAGAGAAGGACCUCGCAAGCGAGUCGCAGGCCCUGGUGCUGGAAAUAUUGACGGCCGAGGACGAGCACAAGGGAGCAGGUCCAGUGGGCGGGGUCCCCAUGGCCAUGGCGGAGAAGCUGUUGUGCAUCUGGCUUGAGGAAUGUAAGUGUGCCGGACGCUCUGACGAGGCGAGCCAGAGCUUCAAAGAGAGGCAUAUACGCGAGACGCUGCUGCAGUAUGGUCGUAAGCGACCAAAGGACUUGAUGAUAGUCAUGGACAAGUACUUUGUUCGCAUGACAUGCAGGGCACGAAUCUUGUUGUUGGUCGCUGACUUUGUCAAAAGUCAGCCUCCGCAUCUGUACACGAUUCUGCAAACGCCUCUUUUUGGCAACCUCCUUACUUGCUUGCAGCAGGACACCUCGUCCACCAUCAUUUCACUGGCGCUCGGCGUCCUGACCAUGGUAUUGCCUCAUAUCCCGAGCUCCCUGGUCCCAUACUUGCCUACUCUGUUCAACAUUUAUGCGCGCCUGCUGUUCUGGGACCGCCAGCUCUCUCACGAAGCCACAUCAGCCGACUCGACACAAGAUCCACGCAUCUCGCCGAGCUCCUCAACAUGGGACAAAUGCGGCUUCUCGUCGAAUCUUGACGUCACCUCUAUUCAGCAUCUCAUGAGCUUCUACACAAUUUUAUACGGGCUCUACCCUAUCAACUUCACCGACUACAUCCGCAAGCCGCAGAGAUAUCUCCGGCACGCUGAUGUACCAGAAGCCGACGAUGUAGAGGUGCAGCCUACAGAGAUCAGGCACGCCACUGAGCCGUUCAGGCAGUGUCAUUUGCUGCACGAGAAUUUCUAUACACUCACCAUCGAAUCUGAGAAGACGGACUUUGGGAGAUGGAUCAAAAGCGAGCCUGCCGAGGUCGUUGCGGACUGCAUGGCACUCUAUGUUGCACCCGAAUGGCAACCGGAAAUUAUUGCACCCAAUUUUACAGUGGAAGCACCUGGGGUUGGAGCCGUCGACGUCGGCGACGAGCCUGAAGCCACUCUCCUUGGCGGUCUUUCUCCACAGCGGACGUCGGUGUCCAGUAGCACGCAGGCCGAAAGCCUGAAACCCGCGGUGUCUCCUGAUAUAGAAAGUAAUGCCGAAGCGGACGCUUUGCCGCCGAUCGCUCGCAAGUCGUCGCAGGCCAGCCAUCACUCAGUCAAGGAUUCUUCAGCCAUGGCAACGUCUAGUGAUGGGCUUGAAACUCUGCCGCGGCAAUUGACAACCUCGGGCUCGCAGACCCGUCUGCAAGAUAUGAUCAACUCCAAUAAGGCCAUCAAAUCUGGACUACACCAAAGUCUGAACAAUGACAGUGUGCCUUCUCUGGCACUUAGCCAGCAUGAAUCGAUUUCAGAGCGUUUGCACAGCCACCUCAACCCUGGUGCUGCUCCUGCUGGGACUGCCACUGACCAGAAAGGAUGCCGCGAGAGCUCGACUGGUCAUCUGUACCGUCAAAUUCUGCUGCUCCAGAACGAUCUUACUUUUGAGAGAUUCAUGAAACAGCAGCACUUGACACAUAUGGGGGAGCUUCGCCGGCGGCAGCUCCGUGAGGCAACGACAGAGGCCGAGGCACAGAACCUGAUGAUUACAAACCGACAUUUGAAACAGCGACUUGCUGAGGCGAAAAGCACCGAGAUUCAAGUCAAGAAAGAGGCAGAGAAGUCACGUACCAUGUCCAAAAAGUGGGAGGCCGACCUGACGACGAAGCUGAGAGCCCUUCGCGAAGAGCAGAAGAAGUGGACGGCCCGGGAGAAAAGCCUAGUCUCGGAGCUCGACGCGGCGAAGAGCGAGCACGCAAAGCUUGUGCAGCUCUUGUGCGAUGCCGAGGUCAGAGAGCUGGGUUUGAAGCAGAACAUGCAGUCGGUUGAGCUUCAUGUUGCCGAGUUGGAGAGGCUACGCAAGGAAGUGGAGAGGUUGACGGAGGCUGAGCGCAAUUUCCAAGCACGCGAAGCUGAACGUCAAGCGGCGCUGACAAGUGCGGAGGAGGCAGACGGCCGCGCAGAGGCUUCGCGUAUGAAAGUCGCUGCGCUGGAGCAAGAGUUGCGACAGAACCAGCAACGGCAUCAGGCGGAAAUAUCAGCUUUGAACACGCGCUUACAGGAUACUCUCAAGAAGGGUUCCGAGCCUCAGAUCGAGGACUUGCGGCCAAAGCUUAAGGCGGCGAUUGCUGGAGCCCGAGCCCAGCAAGAACUGUUCAGGGAGCGCCUCGUCGAGUUCGCGAAGAGAAACAAUGCUUUGCAAACCGAGCUUCUCGAGCUGAGAUCUAGCCUACCAACGCGGAGGCGAUCAGACCCACUACAUGCGUACGACAAGCGGCGAUCCAAAGAUGCGUCUUCCGAGUCUGAAGAUAUUCCCCACACCCGUACCCAGCGAGGUCUUUCGGACCCCGAAACCUACGACCCGACGUCCUACAAUGCCACGGCACCACUUGAGCCUGUCAAGUCGUCGGGGUCAGAUGGUCGUGACGGAGGGCCGCUGAUAGACGCAGCACCGGAGCGCGCAGAGACAGGGGCCGCUGAGCGCUACAUCGGACGAGGAGGUGUGCAGAAUUUCCGAAAAGAGAAGAAAGACAAAAAGGAUGACCGUGACCGAAGAAAACUUGUCGGAAUACGAGGCAUUCGGGGUUUGUGUAGGGGAUAGGAGCACCAUAGCUGGCAGGAAUGGGGCUGUCGCGAAUGCAACUCUUGAAUCAACAGCGGCAAAACUUGACUGCCGGGGUGUUUUGAAAAAAAGACAAUUGUGCCAUGGCCGUGACCAGGCCUUGAAGGACAUCCCUCAAGUCUACUGUGUCUACUUGUGUAGAAACCUAGGCAUGCAGGUACGCAAACCAUGUUUAGUGCUUUGGCACACCUUGUUAUGGUAGCGGGUCAAAGAAGCAUAGUAGUAUUUUGUGUCACCCGAGCUUCUCUCGGACCACGCAGAUUCUCAGUGGCUCGUUCUGGCGCUUUUGAGGACUUUUGAAGGCAAAGUGCGAGGGGUUUGGUUGCGCGCCGAGACGUCAGACCAGCAGCUGGAUUUGAGGCACAGCAGCCAUGGCCACAUUGCUGGCGGGGUACAGACCGUUCCUAUUGCAGAAUCAACAAGUGCUAACAAAUACUGGCCCUUUCUCUUUUUGGCCUUGCCG